AUGGCAGGGAUAGAGAGAAAAAGCAGGAGAAAUGUGUCUAGAAAUAUUUUCUUACAUAAUGUGUACUAACUUAACAAGUACUCACGAGAGAUAAGAUUAUUAAAUAACUCACUAUAGUAGAAUCAUUAGUUGAAACAAAGGGAAGGCGAGCCCACCUGCCUGUCUUAUCAGUCGUGAGCAAGAUUUCGGUCCGUCAGAAAUACAAGACGGACAGUAUACGAGUUCACAACACAGACAUGUCACGGCUACUUUUCUUCACUGUCUUCUGUUGUUUUAUAAAAGGCUACACAGCGAACCUGUGUAAUUCGUACAGCACGCUGCCAUACACCCGGGCCAGGAGUAUAUUUAACACGGCAGACCAUACCCCAUCAAACCCCAUAUGUGACGAUAAACUCGUUCCGGGCUGGUAUGCCAUGGAAUAUUUUGCGUCCAUUCCUACGUCCUGUCCAGCUUCCUUUAGUUGUGGAACCCUCCUCCCUGUAUGGAUAAAUGGCAGUAACCCGGGCACGACUGAUGGACCCGUCACUAUGCAGGGUUGUGUAAACUCGGGAGUCGCUACGUCCUGCUGCUCGUCAGUAUUCGACAUCGGAGUCAGGAACUGUGGCUCGUUUUUCAUAUAUUUCCUCAGACCAACCCCUGGAUGUCCGUUAGCUUACUGUUCAGAUUUUAAAGAAUUGCGCAGCACUACAGUCGGUACAACUCUCACAACAGCCGGAAGUACUCUGUCCAGUGGUCGUACACAAGGCACGCCGCAAUCCACCGCGGCCACAAAACCACCCACAAAACCGUCCACUGUCGGACCACACUGGAUCACCUUCCCACAUUAAACAGAUUUUGCAGAACACAAGAACAUUUUAUCAUCAAAUAAAUGAUAAUUAUUGA